GCAACUAGUUAUCACUUCAUUAUUUUAAAUUUACUCAACUAAGCAUAUUUCAUUUUCAAUUUGGUAUUAUAAUAAUACUAAAUAUAAUAACAAACUAACUAGAGAAAUGUACAAGUUCUCUCUAUAUAUAUUCCUUCCUCAAACAACUCCUAUUCCCACUCACAUAUACACAUAUCUCUCUUAUUUUGACUCAUACAACAAACACAAACUAUUUCAUUUUCUACCAAAAAUGGAUGGAGGUAGUUGCAUAGACGAAAGCACUACAACUGAAUCAUUUUCAAUAACAAUAUCGCCAACAAAGAAACCGUCAACGCCGCCACCUCCCAACAGCCUAUGCCGCGUUGGCAGCGGCGCAAGCGCUGUUGUGGACUCUGAUGGCAGCGGCGUUGGCGAAGCUGAGUCACGGAAGCUUCCUUCUUCGAAGUACAAAGGUGUUGUACCACAACCAAAUGGUCGUUGGGGAGCACAGAUUUACGAAAAGCACCAGCGUGUGUGGCUUGGAACAUUUAACCAAGAAGACGAAGCUGCUAAAGCUUAUGAUGUUGCCGCACAACGUUUCCGCGGCAAAGAUGCUGUAACAAACUUUAAACCACUCUCUGACCACAACAACGAUGACAUGGAACUCGAGUUUCUCAACUCGCAUUCCAAGUCAGAGAUUGUGGACAUGUUAAGAAAACAUACAUACAAUGACGAACUGGAACAGAGCAAGCGCAGUCAUGGCUUCGUCAGCAGACGAAGCCAUGGCUGUUCUGACUCUGUUAACUUUGCCAGCUCGGCAUACAAUACCGAUAAAAAGGCACGUGAAGCUCUGUUCGAAAAGGUUGUUACCCCGAGCGACGUUGGGAAGUUAAAUCGGUUAGUUAUACCGAAACAGCAUGCUGAGAAGCACUUUCCAUUACAGAAAGCCGAUUGCGUCCAGGGAAGCGCAUCGGCAGCUGGUAAGGGAGUGCUUUUGAAUUUUGAAGACAUUGGAGGGAAAGUGUGGAGAUUUAGAUACUCUUAUUGGAACAGUAGUCAAAGUUACGUUCUAACAAAAGGAUGGAGCCGGUUCGUUAAGGAGAAGAAUCUGAAAGCCGGUGAUACGGUUUGUUUUCAACGGUCUACUGGACCGGAGAAGCAGCUGUUUAUUGAUUGGAAAGCAAGGAAGAAUGUUAAUGAGGUUGGGUUGUUUGUUCCGGUUGGACCGGUUGUUGAGCCGGUUCAGAUGGUUCGGUUAUUUGGGGUUAAUAUUUUGAAACAACUCCCUGGAUCCGAUGUUAAUAGUAAUGGUAAUGUUAUUGCUGGGUUCUGCAAUGGAAAGAGGAAGGAGUUGAAUAUGUUUACUUUUGACUCUUGCAAGAAGCCUAAGAUUAUUGGAGCUUUGUAACAUUACGUUAACUUUAUAUUUUUUGUUUUUUGAGUUUUUGUGACUGAUAAUAUGAAAGAAAUGGAUCUCAAACAAAGAAAUGAGAGAUCCAUGGAGAUGGUACUGUAGUUGCAAGUUGCAAAGAGUAAAUUGUAUAUUACUUAAUUAGAAGAAGAAAAAGGAAGAAGGUGAAAGUAGGUGUAACAAAACUGUACAAGAAAAAAUGUUUUCAAGGGAAUUAAAGGAGAAUGAUAACUGUUUUAAUUGUAUAAA